ACCACGAUAAGGGUGUGAGAGAGAGGUUCAUCAGACAUUGGGUAGUGUCUACGGAGCCUAAAAUAAGGUUUAUUCCCCUAUUACUGAGAAGAAAUGUCUGCAUCGCCUGCGUCGAAUCCCAAAUCGCCUGACAUAUCAGAGAAGAACAAGAAGUAUGAUCGUCAGCUGAGGUUGUGGGGCGAUCAUGGCCAGGCAUCUCUAGAGGCAGCAUCUGUGUGUCUGAUAAAUGCCACAGCCACUGGCACAGAGGCACUCAAAUCACUGGUGUUAGCGGGUCUCGGCUCCUUCACCAUUAUAGAUGACAAGAUUACUACACCUGAGGACAUUGGCAACAAUUUCUUCCUGCCAUCGGGCUGCGCGGGCGAGUGUCGCGGCCGCGCCGCCUGUCGGCUGCUGCUCGAGCUGAACCCGGACGUGCGCGGGCAGCACCUGCCGCAGCCGCUGCACCAGCUGCUGGACACCGAGCCCGACCGGCUGCUGGGCUUCGGGGUGGUCAUCGCCACCGGUCUGACCGAGGCGUUGCUGUCCCGCCUGUCCGGCCUGCUCUGGUCUCACAAUACUCCGCUGCUGGUGUGCCAAAGCUACGGUCUGGUCGGCUGCAUGCGGCUGCAGGUGCGCGAGCACCUGGUGGUCGAGUCACACCCGGACAACGAGGUGCCAGACCUGCGCCUGCUGCGGCCCUUCCCGGCGCUGGCCGCCUUCCUCGAGGCGCAGGACCUGACCACAAUGGAGCGGCGCGCGCACGGCCACACGCCCUACCUGGUGCUGCUGCACGCGGCGCUGCAGCGCUGGCGGGCGGCGCACGACGGCGCGCCACCGCGCACGUACCGCGAGAAGAAGGCCUUCCGCGACACCCUCAACGAGCUGCGGCUGCGGACGCCGGAGGGCACGCCGGAGCUGGAGGAGAACUUUGACGAGGCGGAGCGGGCCGUGAACACGGCGCUGGUGGAGCCGGGCGUGCCAGACAGCGUGACCGCCCUCUUCAGCAGCGCUCAGUGCAACAGUCUGACGGCCAAGAGUGACGACUUCUGGGUGCUGGCGCGCGCCCUGCAGGAGUAUGUGCAGAGCGAGGGUGACGGACAGCUGCCGGUGCGCGGGCCCAUCCCGGACAUGUUCUCCGACUCGGACCGCUACAUCCAGCUGCAGAACAUAUACAGGGAGGAGGCGCGGCGCGGCGCCGAGCUCGUGUACCGGCGCGUGCAGCUCCUGCUCGAGAGCCUCGGCAGACCCUCUGACGUCAUCAGCGAGGAGCAAGUGCGCCAGUUCUGCCGCAACACGCACGCCCUGCGCGUCUUCCAGGGCACCUCCGUGCAGGAGGAGCUCCGCCAGAUGCGGAUUCCGGCCAACGAGACGGCGCUGCACCUGCAGAACCCGGACGGCCAGCUGGCACUGUACGCCAUGCUGCGCGCGGCCGACCGCUUCUGGGCCGAGUACAGCACGGCGCCCGGCUCCGAGGACGGCCAGGUGGAGGCUGACGUGGUCAAGCUCAAGGCGUGCCUGAGCCGGCUCCUGGCCGACUGGGGCUGCCAGAACACGGUCAAGGACGACUACGUGCAGGAGUUCUGCCGGUACGGCGGUUCGGAGCUGCACACUGUGGCCGCCUUCAUCGGCGGCUGCGCGGCGCACGAGGUGAUCAAGCUGGUGACCGGCCAGUACGCGCCCAUCGACAACACCUUCAUCUACAACGGCAUCACCUCGUCCAGCGGCACCUUCAGACUGUGAUAACCCCCGCUUGCUGUCGCUGAGUAGCGCCGCCGCCCCAAUACACGCCACCGCCCGAGCCUGCCGUGUAUUACCGCCAACUCCGCCGGCACACGCCGGCGCGUCGGCCGCCGACGCCACGCCGGGCGUCUGAGACGGCACACACGGCACUCCGCUCGCAACUCAAACGGUAUGUACAGCGCGCCGGGCGGCGCCGCACUCGGGGCAGACUUGGAGGGAGAGAAGGGGCGGCGCUGGGGGCGGACAGGGAGCGGCCAGCGCGCCGGGCCAGCGCCUCUGGGCCAGACUAGCGUCCGCGCU